AUGGAACUCGUUGCUUGUAUUGCUCUGCCUUAUUUCAUUCCUAAAAUAUAUCGAUUCAUAACCAACCGCAACCAGAAACUAUCAACUCGACGUCCUAAACCUUACACUCUCAGUGACCAAUGUUCCAGCAUUUGGCUACUUUUACUAUCAGGCUUGUUUAUCUUGAUAGCUUUCUAUGGUAGACAGACCGACCUUCUUACUGUAUUGCGUAUCCAUGACAAAUCUGCACCACAUGAAAUGCGUAACCAGUUUCGUUCUUACAUGGCUUCUACGUAUCCACCAUGGCCUGAAACAUCCUCAUUACCCGAUUCUACCAAGGCUACCGUCAAAGCCAUUCAUGAACUCUACGACGAUCUUCGUUCAUCUGAUGCAAAACGACUCUACUACACAAAAUAUGGUCCCUCUGUAGCUCGUACUUGCACAUGGUGUAGAGACGGUGAAGACUAUCUCUUUGGUGCAUCCUCUGCUAUCAUGGCCCAAUAUGCCACCUUUUUCUUUUUGUUUGGAUGUGGUACUAUCGUAUGGCGUAAACACUCUUCUCGUACUGUCGCUGCAACUGCCAUUGGGUGUAUGGCUUGUUUCGAUAUCUACGUCUUGUACCUUUCGUCUGAUCUUGUUUUUCCGAGACAAGAUACUUCCAUCCCCAUCCUAUCAGAUUCACAGUUUAAUCAAAUGCACGCUUUGAGAUAUGUAAUAUUCGCUGGCUUGGCAUUGACAGCAGGUUUGAUGAAUGCUUCGGAUGAAUGGACUGAUCGCGAAAUCUUGAUCGAGUUGGUUCAAAAAACCUCAUUUAAUUAUGCAAGAGGUGAUGCUACUGCCAUGGCCAUGCACACCGCUUUAAGCGACGAUGAACUGAGAAAACUAUUUGUACAGUACUUUGCUUUUCAAGCCAAAACAGACCAUUUGGGUACCCAUGCACCCGUGAGCCGAAAAGAUGCCCAAUUUAAAAAGGACACUCUCAAGGGAUUUGGCGUAUCUCGAGUCAUUCAUGAACGUGACACCAUACGAUCCUUUAUGCAACUGGCAGUCAAUGAAUCUUUUCUAUCAAGUAUAGAUCUACUUCCUGAAGUAGACAACGCUGCUUUAAACAAGUCUGGACAGGCUCCAACUAUACCAUUCGAUAGUCCCCCACCCAACACAUCUCAUCAGGUCGAGGAAAUAGUAAAACCCUUUGUAGCUGCAGAAAACCCAGAUGAAAAAAAGCGGAAAUAAACCUGGCUUGACACAAUCAAAAAGCCAAUGCUUAAAAUAGUCUAGACAAUCCAUUUUUACAUCUAAUACAACAGGCUUUACAAAUAAAAAAAAUCAAUUCAAC